CACGCACCGAGUCGAUCUCCCAUUGGUCGGCGCACACACCUUUGCGUCCUAUUGGUCGAGACGUGAAGCCAGGCCUAUCUUUUCCCCACCGCGUUUGAAACGGUGAGUGGGAACGACGCUGCGGAGAAAACUGGGAAACAGACAUCCCAUUUGGUCUGAAGCGUUCAUACGAGACGGAAGGACGAGUAAAGCCUACUCAGCAGGUAAACCGGAACUCGUCACACAGAACCACAUAAGACAGUUGCGACAUGGAAGUUGAGGAGCUCCACGCAGACAUCCAGGGUGAAUCCCAGCCUGCUCCUUUGGGUGCAGGUGACAUGGAGGCUGUGGAAGCUUUGAUGUCCAUGACUAACCACUGGAGGACCAGGAGCUUCGGGCUCAGACACUGCAGACCCUUGACUCCGUCCUCAGACUGCUCAGAGGAUGACUCCGUCGCCUUUGGGCCUACUGUGCUACAGAACUCUCCUUUGUGUAUGACACCGCCACACAGUCCACCCAUCUUUGAGGCCACCCAUUCGCCCUCAGGGGCCACCUUCCAUCAACCUGCAGCAGCUGGAAGUCCAAACUGGCAGCCAAUAGAAGAGCCUCAUGUGCACAAACGCACUGCUGCUUCUCCGCAAAGGUUCCACUGCACCAGUGUCAUCCGCCACACAUCAGAUGGCCAGCGCGGCUCCUGUGAUGUCCAUCCUGUCCCCAGGGAAGACAGACUUCCUCGGGUUCCCACAAAAGACUUUAAAAGAGAAUUUAGCUCUGAAUCUGGACUAAACAGUAGCGAGUCCGAGGGGAGCUCUGGAGUACAGUCUGACUGUGAUGCAGCCAUGCCACAGGAAUCUUUUACCGUGACUUUGCCAAAUGUGCUUGAUGCCAGUGGGCCCGAGACGAGUCUUUUAGGCCUGAAUGAUAAAUGCAAUACAUCUCAGGCUGUCUCCUCUGUCUGUGCUACUGGAUCCGGGGUCUCUCCCGCGCCUGUCUACUGCCAGAUUCUUCCUGUUUCUUGUCCUUCCUCCACUGUCACAGCCUCUAACAACCAGAAGCAACACCUAACGCCUAUCCCAUCAGCAGCCACCACUGCACUACAACAGGUCCAACCACAACCACAAACAGCUUCUCCUGCCCAUGUCAUCCUCCUAGGGGGUCAGGGGGCAAAAGGCCCGGUAAUGCUCCUCGUCCCUCGGCCGGCUGUUCCUACACUCUACGUCCAGCCAGCACUGGUGACCCCUGGUGGCACUAAACUAGCAGCCAUCGCCCCCGCGCCCGGUCGUGCCGUGUUGGAGCAAAGACAAAAGCCUCUGCAGCCAGAAGUGUCCCGUGUACGCAAUCAUGUUUGUCCUCAUGAGGACUGCUGCAAAACCUACUUCAAGAGCUCCCACCUCAAAGCCCACAUGAGGACACACACAGGUGAGAAGCCCUUCAAAUGCAAGUGGGAGGGCUGCGAGAGACGCUUCGCUCGCUCCGAUGAGCUGUCUCGCCACCGACGCACCCACACGGGGGAGAAGAGGUUUGCUUGUCCCGUGUGCCUCAACCGCUUCAUGCGUAGUGACCACCUCGCCAAGCACGCCCGACGACACGUAGCAGAGAGGAAGAAGCUCCGCUGGACACCCGGUCUGCUGACCUCACUGCUUCCACAACACUCAGUCUGUCUUCAACAAACUCUCUCUGAGACAUCCUGAUGGGACACCAAAGUAAUCUGUGGAACUGAAUUUGAGGCUUUGUGAGUCUCCAACAGUGUACUGCCUGAUCUCUACAUGUCAGCCAACAGUUGAACAACGAAGAACUAAAAUCUAGAUUAGGUUGCAAGUCUUUGCGGUUAUUCCUUAAAAAUUGUAGUUGAAUCUGAACAAGUAAAUGAGACC